UACUCCAGGAUUCCGCAAGCGGUGUCGUUUUGACGAGGUCUUCCCCGCUGACCACCCCGCGACUCGAAAGAGCUCCCCGUUUCUCCCUCCUCCCGCAGUUGGUCCUAUUUUUCUUCGAUUUUCUCGAGAAAAUAUAGCGUCGAGGAAAUCUCGGUCUUUCUCCACGCUGUUACGCAGAGUAAAGGGCGUUUUCACUUGUAUAUACAUAGCAUAAAGUGAUGGAUCGGAAGAGAACUGCAAGUCCGGUGUACACGAGGCAGUGGAGCGGUGGUUCCAGUAGCACCGGCUCAUCAUCUCCGGCUAUGUCGCCGGCUCAUCCUCAGUCACGUCUUGGUCCAUCUUCCACCGGCCUCUCGACCAUCAAGCGGACGCAGAACGUAGCCGCCAAAGCAGCUGCACAGCGUCUGGCUCAGGUCAUGGCGUCUCAGACGGCCGAUGAGGACGAAGAAGAUGAUGAUCUCGGGUUUCGGUACAGUGCUCCGACGCCUCCAGCCGUUACUUCUUACUCUAGCAACUUAAAUAAUAACAAGAAUGGUGUUAUCCCUGCUAUCCCUCCGAUUUCGCUCGCAAGACCUAACAGAUCUCCCUCCCCUGCGUUAGGUCGGAACUUUGUAGAGCAUGCUCAGUCAGUUCGUUCAACUUCAGCUGGCAGACCAGCAGUGUCUGCUCGCACGACAACGUUGGUACCUCCCAGCAAAUCCACAAUUAGAACGCCAAUGGCCAUACCUCCUAUCGAUCCUCCGUCCAAUCGAAAUAGAGAUCACAAAAGGUUAUCAUCGGAUAUUGGGCAACUUAACCCAAAAGGCAUCGGAGAUACGCGUGAAGCUUCUGCACUCCGUGAUGAACUUGAUAUGCUACAAGAAGAAAAUGAGGUUAUGUUGGACAAGCUAAGACGUGCAGAAGAAAGGCGUGAAGAAGCAGAGGCAAGAGCUAGGGAACUUGAAAAACAGGUUGCCUCUCUUGGAGAAGGUGUAUCUCUGGAAGCCAAGUUGCUGAGCAGGAAGGAAGCUGCUCUGCGACAAAGAGAGGCUGCUCUCAAGGCUGCACAGCAAACAAGGGAUGGAAAAGAUGGUGAAAUUGCUGCCCUUCGUGUGGAAAUUAAGAAUCUAAAAGAUGAUGCUGCAACAGCUGUCGAGCAACAGCGAGAAGCAGAAUCUGAAGCAAAGGCUCUUCGUACGAUGACUCAGAGAAUGAUUUUGACCCAGGAAGAAAUGGAGGAAGUUGUGUUGAAGAGGUGUUGGCUUGCUCGCUAUUGGGGUCUUGCUGUAAAAUAUGGAAUUUGUGCUGAUGUAGCACAGUCCAAGCAUGAACAUUGGUCUUCUGUUGCUCCUCUUCCUUUUGAAGUUGUCAUUUCUGCCGGACAAAAGGCUAAGGAGGAAUCUUGGAACAAAAGUGCUGAUGAUCCAGAUAGGAGCAAAGUUGUUCGUGACUUGAGUGAUCUCACAGGGGAAGGAAAUAUUGAGAGCAUGCUUUCAGUCGAAAUGGGUUUAAGAGAACUUGCUUCUCUAAAGGUUGAGGAUGCUGUUGUGCUUGCAUUAGCCCAGCACAGACGCCCAAAUUUGGUUCGGCAUUCCAUUUUAGAUUCCAAAUCACCUGGUGACCCCAAAUUUGUGGAAGCAUUUGAAUUAUGCAAAGAGGAGGCAGAAGAUGUUCUUUUUAAAGAGGCAUGGCUAACUUAUUUUUGGAGAAGAGCCUUAGUUCAUGGUGUAGAAGAGGAUAUUGCUGAAGAGCGGCUUCAGUUUUGGAUUACCCGCAGUGGUCAGUCAACAACUUCACAUGAUGCUGUUGAUGUCGAGCGAGGCUUGUUUGAGCUGAGAAAGCUGGGGAUAGAACAGCAGCUCUGGGAAGCAUCUCGAAAAGAAAUUGAUCAGCUUCCAGGAUCCACAGUUGCUAAUCAUAAGCCUGCUGCGGAGCCGGAAGCCUCAUGGUGAUUUUGGUAGCUUUUAUUUGUUGAUUGAUUCUUUUUUCCAUAUGUAUAUGCGUUUUGCCACCUGCUUCCUGCACACUGUUGUCACUCACCUUUAUAUUUGGAUCGCAUACAAAGAAAGCAAGAACGGGUACAUUACAAGAGAGACGUUGCUGAUUGUAUUUUUGAAACUGAAUAUAUAUUAUGAUUCUUUUUGUUUAA